AUGGCAAUCGUUAAUAGUUGGCUAAUUUGUUUAGUCAGUAUUUUUUCCUUCGUGGUACGUGUAGAGGCCGCUACAUUUUGCAAUGCAACUCAAGCAUGUCCCGAAGAUAAACCAUGUUGCUCACAAUAUGGUGAAUGUGGUACUGGUCAAUAUUGUCUGAACAACUGUGAUGUAAGAUAUUCGUUUAGUCAUGAUUCAUGUAUGCCUGUACCUAUCUGCAAGAGUUCAUCCACUAAAUUCAAAGAUUAUUCCUCUAAGUUGGGGAAUGCUAACACUUUCUUAGGAAAUGUUAGUGAGGCUGAUUGGUUGUAUACUGGUGACGUUUUGGAUUAUGAUGAUGAAGAAAGUUUAAUUUUGGCGAUGCCCAAGAACAGUGGUGGUACCGUUCUUUCCUCCACGAGGGCUGUUUGGUAUGGUAAGGUCAGUGCUAGAAUAAAGACGUCACAUCUUGCUGGUGUGGUCACUGGGUUCAUUCUGUAUUCCGGCGCAGGUGAUGAACUUGAUUACGAAUUCGUCGGUGCUGAUCUAGAAACUGCUCAAACCAAUUUCUAUUGGGAAAGUGUUUUGAACUACACGAAUUCUGCCAAUAUUUCCACUACUGAUACAUUUGAAAACUACCAUACUUACGAAUUAGAUUGGCACGAAGAUUAUGUAACAUGGUCCAUCGAUGGUGUCGUCGGUAGAACCUUGUACAAGAACGAAACUUAUAACGCCACCACCCAAAAAUAUCAAUACCCACAAACCCCAUCCAAGGUGGAUAUUUCCAUUUGGCCAGGUGGUAAUUCUACCAACGCUCCAGGAACCAUUGCAUGGUCUGGUGGUGAAAUUAAUUGGGACGCAUCCGAUAUCAGCAACCCAGGAUAUUAUUAUGCUAUUGUCAAUGAAGUUAAUAUCACAUGUUAUGAUCCACCAAGCGAUACCAAGAAGAAUGGUACUUCUGCUUAUGUGUAUACUUCGUCCAGUGAAUUUUUGGCCAAAGACAUUGCUAUUACCGAUGAUGAGGUCAUGAUGGACAGUGAUGAGGGAUCUGGCUUGGACCCACAUAAGGGAGCUACCACAUCUUCCACCCAAAAGAGUUCUUCCUCAACUGCAACCUCUUCCUCCAAAACGUCAUCCGAUCACAGCAGUUCAACUAAGAAGAGUAGUAAGACUAGUUCCACCGCUUCAUCAUCAUCAUCAUCAUCUUCUUCUUCUUCUUCUUCUUCCUCUACUGCUACUAAGAACGGAGAUAAAGUCGUAUCCUCCGUAUCCUCUUCCGUCACUUCCCAAACUCAAACAACAUCUUCUGUAAGCGGAAGCGCCUCCAGCAGUACAAGCUCAAUGAGCGGUAAUAACGCAGGUGCCAACGUAGCGGCAAACUGGCGUUUGACUGUUUUAUGUGUCAUCCUAGGUUAUGUCUUAUAG